CAAAAUAAGUUCUUUCAACAAUACAAAAUGUUCAAGAGAGGACGUGGUGGUUCCGCGGGAGCAAAGUUUAGGAUCUCCCUUGCUCUUCCUGUAGGAGCAGUAACUAAUUGUGCAGAUAACACAGGAGCAAAGAAUUUAUAUGUUAGCGCUGUACAAGAUAUUGGUGGACGACUUAACCGUCUGCCAGCUGCAGGAUCUGGGGGCAUGAUUGUAGCCACAGUCAAAAAGGAUAAACCAGAACUCAGGAAAAAGUCAUGCCCGCAGUAG